GUGCUGUUGCUUUUGCUGCUGCUACUUAAAUGCUAGUUAGCCAGUAGCUCGCCGAAGCUGAUUCCUUCUCGGGUCCACUAACAACCUACCACCCUAAAAGCAAUCCAAAAGCAUCGUAUUCUCGCGGGAAGCUAAUCGCUGCCGGUCUCGGGAGCUGGAGUGAAGUGCCAAGAGACAGAACAAAGAGGAAGAGCAAGAGAAAGAGAGAGAGAGAGAGAGUGAGCCACGGAAAACCCCAGCAACCAGCAACCGAAACCCUACCAACCAAAAACCUACCUACCACAUCCUCUAGCAGCAGCAAUCAAAAAGGAGCAAUACCGGAGAGUGUCAACGUGCCGAUGUCGUGUUUUUCUGUCGAUCGCGCGUGUGUUAAGCUCGUGCUCCGUAGUCGCAACGCCAGCCCAUAAUUGCUCGAUGUGACCAUUCUUCGUCGAGGCGUCAUCGUCCACGCCGAGCGUAUGUUGAGCAGUGUGCGUCGAUUAGGCGAGCGCUAGAGAGAGAGAGAGAGAGAGAGAGGGUGGUCUGUGAGCACGCGCGCGCUGUCUACCUUCGCUCGGCUGCCGGAGAAUCACUAGAAUCAGAGAGAGCGAGCGAGCGGGAGUGUGGGAGAGAGAGAGAGAGAAAGAGCGAAUGGUUUGCUGGCCGUGCAGUUGAGUUAGCGCGUUGUUGACGAACGGAUCGGUGAACGGUGAUCGGUGAAUCGGGAUCGCGAGAUGCGUGCAACCGCUGGACGCACCGGAACAUCAUCCAGCAGUAACCGUAGCGAGCACGGUAGUAACCGUCGUCGCGUUGCUCCGUACGGGUUAAGGUAGUCGGCCAGUCCCUAUCCUGCUCCCUCUCACUCGCCAGCGGGGGGAGAGUGAUCGUGUGUGUGCGCCCGCUCACGCUCGUGACACGCAGAACGCAGCACUUUCAGCAAGCAACCAAAAAAAUCCACUCCACCGGACACCGGACAACCACGGAAGGUACAGGAACGGUGGACGGCGCGUUCUGCCGGCACCUCCCAGCACAUGCGCAACCAUCAGCAACAAUCCGUGUUCGUGUUCGUGUUCGUGUUGUGAGUGAGUGUGUCUCUGUGUGUGUGUGUGGGUGUAUGUGUCAAAAAGAGAAAUAGCGAAAGAAGCGCCCGUGUCUGUGUCUCUGUGUGUGUGUGUGGUUGUAUGUGUGUAUGUUAUUGGUGUUCCCGAGGCGGUGCAAUGCACGGUCCGGUUCCUGUUGUCGCCGUGUACCGGGCGCUCUGCCUGCUAGCCCUGCUGCUGCUGCUGAUCCCCGAGGGUGCACCAACGGUUGCUGCUGCUGCUGCUGAUGACCACGAGCGAGGGCUUCACAAACGAGGGCGCUAGCUAGAGGCGAAUUGUAAUUGCUUUUAGAUUGCGCUGCUGCUGCGCCACCGCCACGCGGUGUGAUUUUGUCGCUGUCGUUGUGCCACCCACAGUGCACCCACCGUUGUGUGUUUGCGUGCGUGCGUGCGUGCGUGCGUGCAUUUUGCUGUGCAGUAUUGAAAGCGUGCGAGCGAGCGUGCGAACCCUUUGCGCAAGCGUUCCGGCCUCAGGGAUGCGGUUUUGCGCGCCCUUCCAAUCGGUGUAGUAGUAGUGUGGGGGUGUGUGCGCGCGUGUGCCAAGUGUGAAUCCGGUGCGAGAGAAAAAAAAAACAACCAUCACGCCAAACCACCGUGCCAAACGAGGCAGCUCUCUAGAGAAGACACACCUUUCUUCCAUUCGACCCCCCGCAAAAAAAAAAAAGCGAAAGAAAAAAAAAGAUACGUCGAAUGUGUCGAAUCGACCUGUCUGCCCGACGUGUUUGGUCUGUGCGCUAGGGGCACGGUUCGAUGUCAGUGUGCUGUCUGGUGCCGUGUGCCGCCCACUGCCGGUGGCGACGACGACGACGACCACGGCUGUCGCGUCAGUGUUCGGUGUUUUACUAGCCGUACGUACGCGUCCGUACGUUACAGUGUGUGUGCGUGCGCGCUUGUGCCAUUGUGUGUGAGUGUGUCCGUGUGUCCGUAUGUAUGUGUGUGUGUGUGUGUGUGUGCUAGCGUACCAAGGAUCCCAGGACCAACCGCCACGAUCAACUACAUCCCAAACCGACCCUUAACCGACCGCUCUCUUCCCAGAAGCAGGCCCCGUCGCUUCUGGUCUUCAAUCAACAAUUGACAUUCCGUGUCCGUGUAUCUGUGUGUUGCGAAGGAAGGAAGGUCUCUCACUAGUAGCAGCAGCAGCUUCAAUCAAAUCAAACCGUUUCGCGUAAGCGGAAAUACCAGGGUGGUGCCAACCUACUGCACAACUGUCACUAACAGGGGCGACGCAGAAGACUGCGAACCGAGAAGGGAAAGCGAUGGCCAAACCGAUGCCGGCCCCCGGUUCCACCACCACGGUUCAGUGGUCGCCCAUGAGGACCUCAUGUGUGUGUUAGUGUGUAUGUGUGUGUGUGCUGUUGUGGGCCGAUCGGCAGCUUGGUGUGUUCGAAGAUGCGAAGACAGGUUGCUUUGUGAAGCAGUGAA